AUGAAUGCGAGGUUAAAAGCAUCAGAGAAAAUGUGCCAUGCACUUCAAGAGCAAGCGGGAGAGGCCGCGACCGAGGAGUCAGCUGACGGUCGACAGGGCCGGCCCGGCAGCUACGCGGGGGCGGUGAUCGACGUGUCGACGCAGCUGGACAGCAACGUCGUCCAAGCGGCGGAGACACCGACGAACCACCAGCAACCAGAAGACGUGGAGGCGACGGUGGUGACGCUGCUCAACUCGACGUUUCCUGGACUGAACAUGCAGACCAGCGACAUCGACAGAGCACACCGUUCCACACAAUCUGGUGUCGCUUUGUCAAGUCAGGAUGAAUUCCUAGAUGUCAUCUACUGGCUGCGACAAGUUCUUGGGAUCAUCAUUGGUCUUGUGUGGGGCAUUCUUCCCAUGCAGGGUUUCUUGGGCCUAGCAUUGUUCUUCUUUGUCAGUAGUAUUAUAAUAUACAUCUAUUUCCAAAGUUUUCAAGGUGUCGACGAAGACGACUUUGGCGGGUUUUCAGAGCUGGUAAAGGAAGGAUGCAUGACGUCUUUUGCGGGGUUCCUGGUGACGUGGAUCAUCACCUACUCGGGGCUUCACUAUGGCUGACUUCAUGAAAUGUUCCGAAAUGCGGAACUGCUUAUUUCUAUGAAGUUCAGCGUACGCUUAUGAGGGCGUGCGAGUGCAACCUUGUGUUCAAGAAAUGUGCUAUAUCUAAUCCUUCUUUACAUUGCGCUGCUUGUUUCGGGUUAUUGCUCUUUAGGUACCAGUUGAUCUGCGUUUUGUUUUUAUAAGUUGGCACUGAAGUGUAAAAUGCAAGUUUUAUCAGCAGUGUUUUACGCUUAUAUCGAUUUGUAAAUAGAUGCAACGUAUGCGGAGCACAAUUUUCCGUUCUUCGUCAUUUUGUGGGAAUUACAUUAUCUAUUGUGUUCCCUGAAAAUAAUGGUUAAUUUAAAUACAAUUAGUAUACUGU